CCCCGGAGCCGGCCCGGGCUGCACCGCCCCCACCCCCGCCCCCGCCGCCCCCUCCCGGGGCUGACCGCGUCGUCAAAGCUGUACCUUUUCCCCCAACACAUCGCUUGACAUCUGAAGAAGUAUUUGAUAUGGAUGGGAUACCCAGGGUUGAUGUUUUGAAGAACCACUUAGUAAAAGAAGGUCGGGUAGAUGAAGAAAUUGCACUUAGAAUUAUCAAUGAGGGUGCUGCCAUUCUUCGGAGAGAGAAAACCAUGAUAGAAGUAGAGGCUCCAAUUACAGUGUGUGGUGACAUCCAUGGCCAAUUUUUUGAUCUGAUGAAACUUUUUGAAGUAGGAGGAUCACCUGCUAAUACACGAUACCUUUUUCUUGGUGAUUAUGUGGACAGAGGUUAUUUUAGUAUAGAGUGUGUCUUAUAUUUAUGGGUCCUGAAGAUUCUUUACCCAAGCACAUUAUUUCUUCUGAGAGGCAAUCAUGAAUGCAGACAUCUUACUGAAUAUUUUACCUUUAAGCAGGAAUGUAAAAUUAAAUAUUCAGAAAGAGUCUAUGAAGCUUGUAUGGAAGCCUUUGAUAGCCUGCCUCUUGCUGCACUUUUAAAUCAACAAUUUCUUUGUGUUCAUGGUGGACUUUCACCAGAAAUACACACACUGGAUGAUAUUAGGAGAUUAGAUAGAUUCAAAGAGCCACCUGCAUUUGGACCAAUGUGUGACUUGCUAUGGUCCGAUCCUUCUGAAGAUUUUGGAAAUGAGAAAUCACAGGAACACUUUAGUCACAAUACAGUUCGAGGAUGUUCUUAUUUUUAUAACUAUCCAGCAGUGUGUGAAUUUUUGCAAAACAAUAAUUUGUUAUCGAUUAUUAGAGCUCAUGAAGCUCAAGAUGCAGGCUAUAGAAUGUACAGAAAAAGUCAAACUACAGGGUUCCCUUCAUUAAUAACAAUUUUUUCGGCACCUAAUUACUUAGAUGUCUACAAUAAUAAAGCUGCUGUAUUAAAGUAUGAAAAUAAUGUGAUGAAUAUUCGACAGUUUAACUGUUCUCCACAUCCUUACUGGUUGCCCAAUUUUAUGGAUGUCUUCACAUGGUCUUUACCAUUUGUUGGAGAAAAAGUAACAGAAAUGUUGGUAAAUGUUCUGAGUAUUUGCUCUGAUGAUGAACUGAUGACUGAAGGCGAAGACCAAUUUGAUGAACGGCUCAUAUAUGGCAAUAAAAAAGUAGGUUCAGCUGCAGCCCGGAAAGAAAUCAUAAGAAACAAAAUUCGAGCAAUUGGCAAGAUGGCAAGGGUCUUCUCUGUUCUCAGGGAGGAGAGUGAAAGCGUGCUGACACUCAAGGGCCUGACUCCCACAGGGAUGUUGCCUAGUGGAGUGUUGGCUGGAGGACGACAGACCCUGCAAAGUGCCACAGUUGAGGCUAUUGAGGCUGAAAAAGCAAUACGAGGAUUCUCUCCACCACAUAGAAUCUGCAGUUUUGAAGAGGCAAAGGGUUUGGAUAGGAUCAAUGAGAGAAUGCCACCCCGGAAAGAUGCUGUACAGCAAGAUGGUUUCAAUUCUCUGAACACCGCACAUGCCACUGAGAACCACGGGACUGGCAACCAUAGUGCCCAGUGACCCACGGCUUCCCAGGGACUCUCACAUCUUGGGCCCCAAAUGGACAGAUCACCCCCAGGAUCUGGAGGGGUCGGCCAAGCUGACUGUAAAUGUCACAGUCCCUCUGGAGAAACCAUUGUGCUUUUGAGACCCCAGCCCCCUUCCUGGAUGGAGGCUUGAGGGCCCUGGGACAUUCUGUGCUAUCUGAUAAGAUUGGGUCAUCGCUGCCAAGGUGGAGAGUGAGCAAGGGGCUUGGGGCAAUUUCCAGUGGAGGGCAACUGUACCUCCAUUUAUGCUUGUGGUUCACACAUUUAAGUUUACAAAUGAGAUUUCUUUUUCCCCUCAGUAGAAUUAGAUUUUGUUUUUUAACCAUGACUUCAAAUGCAAUCCUAAGAGCUAAUGUGGACUUUUUUUUCUCAUGAAAUGUCUUUAAAGGAUGAAUUAGCAUGGUCUUAAAAUACAUUUCUGAGGUUACUAAGCUGUAUUUUGAAUUAUGGGCAAAAUGCUGAGAAACCCAGUUGGCAUUUCUACAAAAUGCUGACCUCAGGUCUAUAGUUCUUAAAUGUGGCUAAUUCUGUAAUAUAGUCUUGGUUUUUCAAUUACAAAUUACCUAUUUCUAGGCAGACUCUCUUACUUGAACACAAAUCCAAAAACUAAUUUAGAAUCUUUUUUGCCCAGAUCUUUUGAAAUUUACACCCCAGAGAUUUAAGAAGAAAACCUCUAAAUUUCAAAAUUAUGAAGAAUUACAGAAUUACUCAUUUAAGGUACUUUAAAAGAAGUUUGUACAUUGUCAACGUAAAUUUUACUUCAAAUCAUGUCUGUAAAACUUGACGUAUUUUGUGUAUGCAUGUUUUCAUUUUGCAAAUAUUUAAUAUAUAGACCUAUGAUGUACAGGUACGACAUGUAUAGGUUACCUAGAUGUUAUGAGAAAUUUUAGUUUAUUGUGAGUACUCAAGUUGCUUAAAUAGCCACCAGGGUGAUUUGCUGCUGGCUUUCUAUCAUUUUUAUGUUUUGAUGAAAAGGAAAUUUUAAAAAUGUUCUGGAAGUGUUUUUUGAUGAAGCAAUGCAGCAUAGAAGCAAUGGUUCUGUUCAGUCAUUCAGUUGUUAGUGGAAGCAUAAAAGUCAAGAUUGCAUGUUGAACAUUUUCUUUUGAUAGUUACAGAACUGCUUGGUUAAACUAAAUGGAACCAUGUGCUAAUUUUCCACAAUUAUUGACCUGUAUUGAUUGCCACUGUAGUUUGGUAUUUCCCUUUAUUUGGUGGCCUGCUUCCCUCAUGCCCUGGAAUACAACUCAGAGCUCUCAGAGCUCCAGGCAGCGGAACCAUCUAUUGUUUUGUUUGCCAGAAAGUGCACCCUGUAUGGUCUCCUGUCUAAGUUGGAAAUAUUAUGCAUGUGCAGGACUAUUCAAGUAUUUUAUAAACAGUAGCACACAAUAAAUUCCAUGCAUGGGCCGCUGCUCCUAUCUCUGUGUUGGGUUUUAUUUGGAAGAUGUAGUCUGAUUUGACCUCAUGCAAAUCAGAGAAUCCUGUUAACAGAACUGGUAUAUAUAUUCUUCAACGAAGAUUAUCUCGUGGACAGUUCAUGGUAAUUUGAUGAAUUAAAUUCUUAUCUUCAUAAAA